CUUGCUUGCUGGUUAUAGUUAUUGAUAUCAGCAAAAUCAAACAGCUUUCAUAUUAAUAUGGUUUCUGGUUUGGAGAGAUUUCAUAUGGUGAAAGAGGGUGCUUAUGUAAAGGAGCAAGCCAUGAAAUUGGAUGCAAAUCCUUAAUGCAUUACAUAAAGGACGAAGGAUGGACUCACCUGUUAUGGAUGAUGUUGCGUGCAAUUCUCCGUCAACAAAUCACUCCUCCGAUGCCGCCGAUGCUCCUCCCCUUUCUCAUUCUCCCACCUCUUCCAUCAGAUCCAAGAUCGCAAAGAAUAAAUCGACAAAGGAAUUAGGACAAUCUACAUCAGGUGCUCUUAACAAGAUAGCGUCACAAAUAAGGAAACCUCCUCGCCGUAAAACUUCUCCGGUCAACUGGUUUCCACGCAAAAAAGUGGAUUCCUUCUUGGAGAGGAAAAUUAAGAUGCUUCAGGAGGUAGAUGGAAUGAAUUUGACACUUGAUCAGACUCUAGGCAAUUCUAACCCGCAUUAUUCAAGAGUAUUGAGAGAGAAAAUGGCAGCUAGAGAAGCGGCACACAAAGCAAUGGAGGCUCGAAGAGCUGCUUUGGUGGAGGCAUCUUGGUGCCGAAUUUUGCGUGCUGCGAGGAUUCCUAGUGAUGAUGCAGAAGCUCAACUCUUGAAGGCAGAAAAAAGUGCAACUGAAGCUUUUGAGGCAGCUGAGGCUAUGGGCGUUAUCAUGUUUGACUUGCCAGAUUGUCCAAAGAAGCAUGGUCAAAUAGAGACACCCUCUAUUAAUGAAGGAUCGUCUACUCAUACAUUUACUGCAUCUUUUGAAACUGCCUUUGAUGUAGACAAAGAAGUAGCUGCGGCUGUCAAAACUGCAUUUACCAGGCUUGCAACACGCCCUUCAUUUAGUAAAGAUGAAUUCAAAGAACUGUUGAAAAAAAUUAGUGAACAUCCAGAUACUGAUGAAAGUCAUCAGGACUUAACUGAGCUCUCUACAGAGUAUGAAUCUGAGUCUGAGUCUGGGUCCGAGUUAGAUCCAGUGUCCCAAAAAAGUGGAUUCAAGUCCGAUGACUUGGAUUCCAAUAUAUCAUUUCCAGGGAUUAUUCAGAGGAAAAGUAGGAAAAGACAGUCUCUUGAAAAUAGAAUAAAACUUGUGGAUAUGAUGAUUGGGAGGUUAAAAUGUUUGAAAGAAGAUGAACUUUCUUCUCUUGCCACUAUAGUUGCAACUUAUGGUUUAAAUGCUGCCUUGGCUGAAGUGCAGAAUACCAAACAGCUCAAUCCAGCAAUUAAUUUUCCAGCAAGAAGAAUGUCGUCUUUGGUAUUGCGAAAGUCAGCCUUGGAUGGAACAUCGAAAAAGGACCAAGUUGAGCCAGAAUUACCAAGCCUGGAUAAAUUUUUAGUUAAGCACAUGACAAGACUUGAAAGAGAGGUUAGUGAAGCCAAGAAAAACCAUAGGAAUGAAACAAAAUUAGGUAAGGAUAGCUAUUGUAAGUCUGUUGAUGGAACUCCAUCGGAGUCCAUACCUGAUUUGGGAAGUAUUCUAGUGAAGAAUUAUUCAAAAUUAGAGAAAGACAUCAAGGAGGCAAAAGUUAAGUCAGGAAAGGAAAUGCUAGGAGCAUCCAGUGGCGUGCCUAGAGGUCAAAAGGAUCACACAGAAGUACCAGGCUUAGAAAAGGUCUUAGUGAAACAUGUCUCAAGACUAGAAAAGGAAGUUCAAGAAGCCAAAAAGCGAGCAAUCAAAGAGAACACAGGUUUGAGCUCAACUUUUUAUUCUGAUGAAGCAUUAGACAGGAAAGAGAACAUAAAUUUGAACAUGAUAGAGGAAAACAAAGAUGGGUUGGAGAAGAUUUUGGUCAAGCCAGUGCACCGAUUGGAAAGAGAGAAGUUGCAGGCCUUAUCGCAGGGAAGUCGGGUCGAAAAUUACAGACAAAGAAAGAAUCAUGGAGUAACCAGUGCUGCGGAUUGUGAGAGCUUGGACAAAGUUUUGGUUAAGCGCGUAUCUAGACUGGAGAAGGAGAAAAUAAAGAUCAAUUCAGGGGAAGAAUGGGGCGAAGUUAAGAAAAGUAACCGAAACAACCAUUUGGAGACAAAUGAAGAAGGUGGUGGUGGCCUGGAUCAAGUUUUGGUUAAACAUAAAUCCAGACUUGAGAGAGAAAAGAUGGCUGCUUCUGCUCAACCGGAAGAGAACCCAAUUAGUUAUUCUGUGGCUCGCCGCAAGGCAAGGGAGAGAGAGUUGCAAGAAGCUUGGGGAGGACUGAGCUUAGGAAACUCCAUUAAGCCUAGUGUCUCUAAGCUUGAACAAGACAAGGCUGCCUGGAUUAAAGCUGAAGCUGAGGAAAGGAAGCAAGCAAUGGAAGCAAUAUGAUAUAGUCAAUUGUUUUUUCCCUGAUAUGGAAGAUGGAAUUAUUGAUAUUCAAUAUUUGUUGAUUGCUUUGUUAGCAUGUUGAAGCUCUCUAUAAAUAAUGGAGAUAAUAAAAUCAAAGUAUAUACAAUUUUGAGUAGUCCUAUUAUUGUUUUCCUUUAUCCAUUAUAGAUUUAUAUAUGUUGGCCAGCUAUAAUUGUUGCAAAGGUAUGGUUCUGGAUCACAUGUUACGUUAACCUUUAGGCAAUCAAAUCAAGGUCAAAUUUAUGGUGCACAAGUGAGACAAAUCUUGUACCAUGCACAACUGCAAAGACUUGUUUUCACCAUUAGAUCAAUAUGUCACAUAACAUCUCAUUAGAUCCAAUGAUGAGAGAUUGAGAGUUAUUGAUCUAAUGAUAAAAACAAACUUGCACAUAGUACAAGACUUGUCUUAUUUAUGCAUAUAAGCGCCUCAAGUCAGAGGUUUGAUGAAUUUGGAGUGGUCAUAUUUCCUCUCAUAGUGUAUGGCUUUUAUUUAAAAAAAUGAACAGAUGGAUGAAGCCCACUGUAGAGUAAACAGGAUUGGGAGUGCAGGUGUAGUAUGGCAGUGUUUAAGUUGUUAUUUGUACUAUAAAUGCAUCAUGUAACAAAGUUUUAUUUUUAACA